CUCCCGGCUGCCCAGUCAGUAUACGGUUGUACGUUGCGCGUAGUACUUACCCGAGUGUGCGCGUACGUAAAGAACGCUUCUAGGAUCCAAUUCUGGAGCUCCCUCGUGCCGGAACAUAACACCGUAUUGUAAGGAUUUGAUCAAUUCGCCAUGUGGGUGUAAUGUGAUGUCUGUGUGAACAACUAAAACUACGGUUCUAGAUAUUCUCAGUUCGGGACGAUUCUCGGUGCUUUGGUGCAAAUCAAAGUGUUUCUGCAGAACAUAAAGUGCAAUAUUGAGUGCAACAAACAACCAUGCCUUCCGCUAGCAAGGACAAAAUCUUUGGCCCGUGGAAUCGUAGCGAAAGUACCGGUAACUUUGUCUACCUUUCGAACAACAACACGGCCGACAACUUGGCGAAGAUGUUUUCCCGCACGGCUCCAUCGAGUCCGCGAUGGACACCGUACGCGUCGCGACAUAAUUCACCCCCGAUGCCGAGUUCACCAUUGUCUUCAUCUCCCCCGACGACACUGCGUCGAAACUAUUCGAGCACCUUCACGCUAAUACCGGAGGAUCGCGAACUUGAUACGGUGCAACCACCUGUCCAGCCUGUGUCGAGCCCGAGCUCUUUGACCGAACCCGAAACGCAACGUGUGUCAAAUGGGCGCAUCCUGCUACGAUUGGUACUCUGGUGGCCGCUGCUACUAAUUGCCGUCGCCCAGCGUCUCCUUGGGUGCUGCAUGCAACUUGCCUGGAAGCCAUUUUUGAUGGCGGCCCCAGCCUUUUGGCUUUCGGCGUGCCUGUGGAUGUUCUGGAAACUGAUUGCGCUACCUUUGGCAGGAUUAAAAUGGGCGCUAGUCGCACUGCAUACUCCGGCUCAUGAGCGCAAUCGUCGGAAGCGCACAAUCCUCAUCAGUUGUGGCAGUACGAUCCAAACGCUGCAUCUGGCACGCAACUUCUACAAGUCCGGUGCACGCGUGGUCGUGUUCGAGUUCGAGGGUCUGUUCGCACUCGCACGUUUCUCCACAGCCGUCAGCAAGUUCUACGCCAUCCAACGUCCAACGCCGGAAACUGCCGGCGAGUACAUAGCGGCACUGUGUGAGAUCGUGGAAAAGGAACAACCGACUCACUACAUACCGGUAUGCGCUACCAGCCCGGCACACUACGAUGCACUGGCUAAGCCGCAUCUGGAACUGCGCGGAUGUUCCAGCUUCAUUCCAGGCGCACAGGAAACUUCCGUCCUUGAUGACAUCCUGCAGGUGAUGCGUAAAUGUGAGGCGAACGAAAUACUGCUGCCACCGCAUCAAAUUGUCUCGUCGAAGGAGGAACUGCAUCGACUGUACGACGGUGGUUGGCUGGCCGGCUUUCGGAACGUGAUGGUCGCGUCCGGUGCGCUAGGAUUGCUCGAACGCAGCAAGUAUGUGCUGCCGGUUAAUCGCCGAGAUUUGCGGCUUAACUACGAAGUGAGUGAGGCACAGAAGUGGGUUGUUAUACGGGAUGUGAUCGGGUCGCAUUACGUCACCUGUACCACGGUGAAGGAUUCGGCCGUGAUUGCGAACGUAACGUGUGCUAUCCAGGCGGAUACGCGUAGUCUGGUGCCGGAGGAGAACGCAGCCAUCGACCGGUGGUUGCAGGAAUUUUUCCGUCGCAUACGGCUUCAGCGUCCGAUCAAUGGUCACAUUAGCUUCCGGUUGGUUAAAUGCCAGUGCAGCGGACAGAUAUUACCCCUCGGUAUACGUGUUGGCGUUUCUCUCCCGUACAUCUGCUACACCGGCGUACAUUCGCGUGUCCUCUGCAAACCCUGUCCACACUUUAGCCGUCAAAACUCUGGCCCACUCGUUCAGGAGGGUGGUCGCUACUGGAUCCACGAGACGGUGCUCAAUGCACUGCGAAAGCCGAGCGUUGACGCGGUUCAACACCUGAUCGGUACAGUGAUCGAUCAGCGAGAAGCCCUAUUCGUGUACUGGGAUCCGUUGCCUUACUGUGCGUACUAUCACUUCCAGCUACCAUUCAAUUCGGUUAAAAGGUUUCUGCACAAACGGCAAGCAUCACGUACGUCCGUUCCUGCCAUGGCUGCGCCGGUACAAUGAGAUAUGGCGCUUUAUAUCUGGUGCGGAUGGUUGUAGGCAGCAGUACAGUCUGGUUCGCAGCCUGGAGAACAUCAUCAACCGUGCGGACACCUUUACCAGUACAUAGCAGAUCACGAUGGUUAACACGUGCACUUCCCCUGCUACUCCUUGGCGAUGUCUUUUUGAACGUGAGAGCAGGACAUGGAAGGACGGUGAUAGUGGGAGCAACAGGUCGAACAAAACUCAAAACAUCCUUCGCCCCGCCGGUUAAUCGUCAAUACGGUGGAGGAGAGUGCAAAAACCAAUCGAACCGGAACCAAGAUGGCAGCACCAGCAAAAGUGAUUACAAACAUACAAAAGCAUGGAGAGAGAAUCAAUAGACUUUGAUCCACAGUACAGAUGAUGUACGGGAACACGGUGACACGCGGAACCGCGUGUACGUGCGCUGCGCGUGUAACAUGCGGUUUAGCGAAUCAAUGAUGAGCGUGAAACAGUGAUAGACUUUUGAGAGACAAAAGGCUAACAAAUAAGUUCGUAGCAAACUACAAUUCCAACCGUGUGCAAAAUGGAAGCUGGCAUUAGUAGAUGUUACUUUAAUAGUAAGGAUACAUUUUUGGGAACCGUUUAAUCAUAUGUUUGUAUACUUAAUGCUCGUAGCACGAGCUUUGGAAGCGAUUCGUUGGAUCGCACCAGCACAACUGAUCCAGCACAGUGGUGUACAUAUGAACUUUGAAUCGUGGUUGUUGGGGCGUGUGGUUAACAAAUGUGCAACUACACACUUUGGUCCUGUUCCUGUUGCUGGGCAACAUGAAAUGGACAGGCGGAAUUUUAAUCCACCUCCAAGUAUGAAACGAAGGACGGCAAUAGCAAAAAGUAGAGCUUCAAGAAAAAAACACCCCAACCGUUGGCGGUGCUCUUAUCGCAAACUGGAAGGCGGUACCGACAGUUCAUAGGUUAGAAAAGAUUGUUUCCUUUCAAGCGAAUCAUGUUGAAUUGAUUUUGUUGAGCGUUAUUUUCUGAUUCCCCCGUACAAUGAUUCGAUCACCCUCGCUUCACACCUGACAUUGGGUGAAUGCGUGGGCUUCAGUGUAGGCCGCUAUCGGCCCUUGGUAGAUUUAGAAUGUUUGGUAUACUUGUAUAAUAAGACAUUUUUGUUAGUAUGCACUCAUAAGGCAAAUGUAAAUGUACAUAUAGAAUGGAAAAAUACGAAUAUGGACCCAUAAACCAAGCGAUAAGAACACAGCA